AGAAAGGGAGGCGCUUUAAAUACAGGAGUAAACAGAAAGAGAGGAAAGCCGCACUCCUCCUCUCUCUUUUUUCUCUCCCUCUCUCAGUUUAUUCCUCUUUUCAUCCCUCCAUCCCUCCAUUCACCUCCUCAUCCGCUCUCUCAGGGCUGCCGGGACUAUGCGGGUCCGGCCGGGAGCAGCGCUGUCCCGGUGACCGGGCUGUGUGCACCGGGGGGCGGGUAGAUGUAGCCGGGCUGUCCUGUCGCUUCUCCCCGCGGGUCUGGAACUGAAACCCGGGCUCUGUGUGGCUGUGAGUCCCCGGGUCUGCCGGGAGUACCGGUACCGGGAUGGCCUCGGUACGGGUGGCUGUGAGGGUCCGGCCCAUGAACACACGUGAGAAGGAGUUGUCUGCCCAGAGCAUCAUUGAGAUGCAAGGGAACAAAACCACCAUUACAAACUUAAAAAUUCCAGAUGGCGUGAGUGGAGACACCAUGAGAGAAAGAAAUAAGACCUUUACGUACGAUUUUUCCUACGAUUCAUGCGACCGAUCUAGCAUGCGCUUCGUCUCACAAGAGAAGGUGUUUAAGGACCUGGGCUCAGAUGUUCUGAAGGCAGCGUUUGAGGGUUAUAACGCCUGCAUCUUCGCUUAUGGACAGACCGGAUCAGGGAAGUCGUACACCAUGAUGGGGAAUCCUGGGGAUGUAGGACUGAUUCCUCGGAUUUGUGAAGGCCUGUUCACACGGAUUUCCGGAAUGACCUGCCGGGAUGAAGCUUCUUUCCGUACGGAGGUCAGUUAUUUGGAGAUUUAUAAUGAGCGAGUGCGAGAUCUACUGAGGAGGAAACUGGCCAAGACCUUCAACCUGCGGGUCAGAGAACAUCCCAAAGAUGGGCCUUAUGUAGAAGAUCUGUCCAAGCACCUGGUGCAGAACUACACAGACGUGGAGGAGCUGAUGGAGGCGGGGAACAUCAACCGCACCACGGCCAGCACCGGCAUGAACGACGCCAGCAGCCGCUCACACGCCAUCUUCACCAUCAACUUCACACAGGCUAAGUUUGAUGCAGAGAUGCCGUGUGAAACGGUCAGUAAGAUCCACCUAGUGGACCUGGCGGGCAGCGAGAGGGCCGACUCCACCGGAGCCACGGGGGUCCGCCUCAAAGAGGGAGGCAACAUCAACAAGAGCCUGGUUACCCUCGGCAACGUCAUAUCAGCCUUAGCUGAUAUGUCUCAGAUGGGGGGAGGGAACAGUCAGCUGAAGAAGAAGCAGGUGUUUGUUCCGUACAGAGACUCUGUUCUCACCUGGCUCCUCAAAGACAGUCUGGGAGGAAACUCCAAAACCAUCAUGAUCGCAACUGUCUCUCCUGCGGACGUGAACUACGGUGAAACGCUGAGCACGCUACGCUACGCUAACCGCGCCAAAAACAUCAUCAACAAACCCACCAUCAACGAGGACGCCAACGUGCGGCUGAUCCGCGAGCUGAGGGCCGAGAUCGCUCGCCUUAAAGCCCUGCUGGUGCAGGGGAACCAGAUAGCACUGCUGGACUCGCCCACAGCUCUGAGUAUGGAGGAAAAGCUGCACCAGAACGAGGCCAGGGUUCUAGAACUGACCAAGGAGUGGACAAACAAGUGGAACGAAACGCAGAACAUCCUCAAGGAGCAGACCCUGGCUCUGAGGAAAGAGGGGAUCGGUGUGGUUUUGGACUCUGAACUUCCUCAUCUUAUUGGUAUUGAUGAUGAUCUGCUCAGCACAGGCAUUAUUCUCUACCACCUGAAGGAGGGGAGAACAUUCGUAGGUCGCGAAGAUGCCUACAACGAGCAGGACAUCGUUCUGCAUGGUCUGGGUCUGGAGAGUGAGCACUGUGUGUUUGAGAAUCAGAACGGUACGGUGACUCUGGUUCCUCUGAAUGAAGCUCAGUGUUCUGUUAAUGGAGUUCAGAUCACUUUACCCUGCCAGCUCAACCAAGGUGCUGUAAUCCUGCUGGGCAGAACCAACAUGUUCAGAUUCAACCAUCCCAAAGAGGCGGCCAAACUACGAGAGAAGAGGAAGAGUGGUCUGCUGAGUUCUCUGAGUCUCUCUAUGACUGAUCUCUCCAAGUCCUGCGAGAACCUCUCCACAGUCAUGCUCUACAACCCCGGUCUCUUCACAGAAAAGGUGCCAGUCUUUUUCAGGCUGGAGUUUGAGAGGCAGCAGCGGGAGGAGCUGGAGAAACUGGAGCACAAAAAGCGUCUGAUUAAAGAGAUGGAGGAGAAGCAGAAGAGCGAGAAGGCGGAGCUUGAGCGGAUGCAGCAGGAGGUGGAGUCUCAGCGGAAGGAGUCCGAGCAGGUGCAGCGCCGCAUCCGGCAGCAGGAGGAGAGUCUGUGCAGACGCAGUCAGGACAUCGAGAGCAGGAUGAGGGACCUGAUCGCAGAGAAAGAACGAUUCCAGGAGGAGCGUGAGCGUGAGCAGCAGGAGCAGGAGCAGCACAGGCAGAGGAAACGGCAGCCAGAGCUCCAGAACCAGCAUUACCUGGAGGAGUCUCUGCUGGAGGAGUGUCUGCUGGAGGAGCCCCUGCUGGACGAGGAGGAGCUGGAAGUGUUGGAGGUGCUGGAGGUGCAGGAGGAGGAAGACGAGGAGGUGCAGGCCGAGCGGACGGAGCUGUUCAGGGAGCUGGAGCGGCUGAAGAGGGAGAGGCAGGAGCAGGUGGUUAAAAUCCAGCUGGAGAGAAGGCGUCUGGAGGAGCGUGAGCGGGAGCAGCUCUCCCUGGUGGGGCGCCUGGAGGAGCAGCUGCGGGAGCGCAGCGAGGAGGCGGCUUCUCUGCUGUCUCAGGACGAGCCGCGGCGGCUGCAGGACGAGCGCCGCACCCUGGCCGAGAUCAGAGAGGAGCUGCUGAGGGCCAAGGAGGCGCGGCUAGACGGACAGGAGGAGGAGGACGGGGGGGAGGAGGCGCUGAGGAGAGCCAGGGGGCGCUACAGGAGGUUUAAACAGGAGCAGGUGCAGGAGCUGGAGACGCUGGAGGAGGGGCUUAUCCAGCAGAGGGAGAGGCUGGAGAAGGAGGUGGCUAAUGAACGAGCCUCCAUCACCCUGAUGCAGCACUCGCACCGGGAGAAGCAGAGACUGGCGUAUGAGGCUGUAGAGCGUGGAACUCAGGACCCUUCCUCCCUGCUUCAGGAGGAGGCGCUGCUCUCUCAGGCUGAACACCGGCUGCAGUGUAAAGAGCGGCAGCUGCUCUGCCUGCGGCAGAACCACCUCCCAGCCGUCUCUGAGGAGCGGCAGAGGGCCGAGGAGGCUCUGGACAGGACGUGGGCCAGAGGAACCGGGGGCAAGAGUCUGGAGACCGAGCCCAGCCAGGAUCAGGUGGAGAAGGAGCUGGACGAGACGCUUUAUCAGAUCGAGAAGGAGCUGGAGGAGAAGGAGGACCGCCUGUUUCAGCACAGCGCCAACGCAGAGCAGCUCCAGCAGCUGCAGCAGACGUACGAGUUCACGGCGAACGUGGCGCGUCAGGAGGAGAAGGUGCGGCGGAAGGAGCAGGAGAUCCUGGAGACGCAGGAGAAGCAGCAGAGGGAGGCGCUGGAGCGAGCGGUGGCUCAGCUGGAGAGGAGGCACUCCGCCUUCCGCAGGAGCCUCAGCCUGGAGCCCGAACCCGAGGCCGGCCACCGGAGGAGCAUCGUCACCCUGCUGGGGGCCGAACUGGACCAGGAGAGGAUGGUGAGAGAGAUAGCUCAGCUGAAGCAGAGGAUCAGUGAGAGUGAGGGAAGUGGGCGGAGUCUGUCGGUCAGUAGUGAGGAUAAGAACGGAGUGACUAAUUGUCCAGUGAGCCCCAUCCAGGGUCUCCCUGCAAUGCUGCCUUUAACAGACGACAGGAUUAAUGCGUUUAUAGAAGAGGAGGUGCAGAGGAGGCUGCAUCAGAUAAACCUCCUGAACGGAGGAAACAUCAACAAUCUCUCGAUCUCCUCAGACUCACUGCUGGAGGCGGAGGAGGUUAGUGAGAAUAACAAUGUAAAAGUGAAGGAUGAGGAUAGCUAUACGCACCGUGUGGACCCCCGCAGACAGAAGUAUGAGCGUAUGGUAUCUGUAUACUCCAAUCUCCGUCAGGACUGUCUGAAGGAUCCGGUGAAGAUCAGCAUCCCGCGCUACGUUCUCCGCGGGCAGGGUAAAGACGAGCACUACGAGUUCGAAGUGAAGAUCACGGUUCUGGAUGAGACGUGGACCGUGUUUCGGCGGUACAGCCGCUUUAGGGAAAUGCACAAAUCCCUGAAGAUGAAGUAUCCGGAGCUCGGAGCUCUGGAGUUCCCUCCCAAAAAGCUCUUUGGUAACCGGGAUGAGCGUAUGGUGGCUGAGCGACGAAAUCACCUGGAACUCUAUCUGAGGAACUUCUUCCAGGUGAUGCUGUCCUCCUCCUCUUCCUCUCCUCUCCGGAUGGACGAGGACUCCGGCAUGCAUCUCUCCAAACACGCCGUGUGCGACAUCUCGCCUUUCUUCAAGAAGGGGGUGUUCGACUACAGCAGCCACGGAACAGGCUGAACACACACACCGAUACACACACACACACACACACAGUAUCUCACAACAGAAGCAUCACAGAUCAUCACCAAACAUCAUCACUGUCAUAUUAAAGCCUCAGCACUACUCCAGAACUGAAGCUGAUUGGCUGUAUUGAUGAGCGUUCUGUGAUUAAUAGGAGCAGAAUCGAGAUUUUAUCUGGGAUUUGUUGGGAUUUUGAGAGAUUUUGUUAUAUUAACACACUUUUUUCUCAUUUUUCAGGGAGGUUUUGCUAUGAUAGUGGUGAUUUACACACUUGCAGGUGUGUCCACCUGCCUGAUCACUACAAAACACACCCAUACACACUUUAAACACACUUUAAACACAAUUUAAACACACUCAUUCACUCAGGAGAGGUAUGAAUUGUAUUGAGGCCUGUUCCCAAGAACCCAAGAAACCCAAAGUGCUUUUCUCAGUGCCUUUGGUGAUCCUACACUUUAUGGACUGAACGUUACAGAUUGACUGGACUGUCAGCGUCUGUCCUCUCUCUCUUUAUCUUUCUUUUUUUGCUUUAUUUUCCUCUUUUAUUCAACAUUUACACUUUUCAGUCCCUCCCCCUUGUUGCUGCAUCACCCAGAAUCAAUCACAAGUGCUUGACUGUUUGUUUUUAACACUAAAACAACAAUUAUAACCACUAAUGCUGUUGAUUGACACUAGUAUCGUGUCCCAUGACUUUUACCAUGUCUCACAGAAGCUGAAGAACACUCAUUAACAGCGUUCGGCUCACUCUGAGUGUAUCUGCAGUAGAGAAAUGGACUUCAGUUGUAUCUAAAGUCUUCCGAAAACACUCUCAGUGCCACAUUUUUCUCCAUUUUUACACUAAUAGAACUAAUAAUAAUGAAAAUAUAUAAAAAAAAAAUAAUGAAUACAAAAACUCUUGCCAUAAGUAGUUGGACCCCUACAGAAGUUUAUAUGUAGCCACAUAUUCCAUAACUUGCAUCCAGGCAGUGCUGCCAGUUUUGUAGCUUUAUAGCAACAGCAAUAGGCCGCCAUGUCGCAUAAUAAUGAAUGAUUAAUGAUUAAAAAAAAAAAGCUUUAAAGGUGUAUAAUAACAUCCUAAGCAUCACUUUUAUGCAAUACAAAACUGAAUAAUGUCUCAUUAUAGUGUGUGUACUUUUAAUCUGUCCAGGCUCCGCCCACAAAUGCCUUUUCUUUUAUAACAAAUGUAGCUCGGUUAAAUAAACUGUAAAGAUUGCUGUUAGCACAAUCGCAUUCAAGUUAACGGGGUCUUCAGUUCAAUUCCCUAUAUGGGUCGAGCUUCUGUGUCGUCUUCCAAGGAUUCUGGUUUCCUAACAAUGUCUAAAACAUGGAGAUCAGUUCAUUUAUCUGGUAAUCAGGAUAAUUUACCAGAAAGAUUUAAUACUAUAUGUGUAUGUGUGACUGUAUGCCCAUAUAUGGAUUGGCACUCUCUCCUGGGUCAACUCCUUAGUGGUGGAUAUAGUCCUCCAGGUGGACGGUGGUUUCUGGUUAAGAGUAUGCUUGGCUGUGCAUGAUUGGCUGCUGCUUCUUCUCAUCUCAGCGUUUUAUAAUUUUUUUUUAAAAUACAUUAAACAUGAACCAAAACGGCUCAAGUACUUAUUUAAAAAAAAAAAUCAGUACCGUAUUUUUUGCACUAUAAGGUGCACCGAAUUAUAAGGCGCAUUUUAUGCGACACUAGUAAGGAACAGGGGUGUCGCCAUGUUUUCCUUCUAAUUCACCAGGUCUCACUGGUGCUGGUGGUAGUUAAGUAGUUACUUUAAAAGUCAGGUAAAGCUAAGCUAAGUAAACAAAACUGUAAUUCUUAAAUAAAAACAUUUCCUUUUAAAGUCAAACAAGUGCUGAAUGUUAAUCUACACAGAUUUAUCUCCUGAAAACUGUUCAUUUGGGUGAGUAAAGCACUUCUGUUUAUAAUGCUUAGAUUUCCAGAUUUAUUAGCAUUAGUGGCUAACCGGUUAGCAGCUAAUGCCCUCCCCCAACAGCGCUACACUGAGGAACCCUGAAUGUUCCGGUAAGCCUGGGUGAUGUUAGCUAGCGGUUCUAAAUGCGCAGGCUACAGUCUGAUUUACACACCUCUGUAUGGCAAAAGAGCUAUUACUUUGCGUUGUUAGCGGCUAAUGCUAAUACUGCUUCAUUCUCGGUGCAGGAGAACUAAACUAAAACUCCUGUAUAACUCUGUACUUCAGCAGAGUGGCUUUACUGCUCCUUAAUACCUGACUGGUAGAAUUUAUACAUAAGGAGCACCUGAUUAUAAGGCUCACUGACAAUUUUUUGGAUAAUUAAAGUAUUUUAAAUGCGCCUUAUAAUGCAGAAAAUACAGUACAUCAGUGGAAAUACAAAUGAUAAAAUUGGUGAAAAAUAAGAACCCUACACUAUAAGAAAUUCUACACUAAUCUGUUUCUACCCAUUAGUUAGGACACUAUCACAAUGUAAAUGCAUCUUCUUAAGCUGCUGCUGAUGUUAUAAUCGUAUUGUACAGCUCAACACGCUUGGAGGAGAACACUAAGUGCCAGUUCUGGUACUUCAUUCAGAGAGUAAGGCAAGUAAUAGACAGCUGUGGCAUCACCAGAACUCCUAAGAAUGGGGCAGCACUUAGACAGUUGCACCACCUGAGUACUCAAGAUUUCUCCAUUCUCUUCAUUGUCUAUAUGUUAAAAAAUAAAACUGACAAUACAUUAUGACCACUAUGAAUGAUUGUACUGUAUGAUAAACUGGACUAAUACUGGAAUUAUUAGUUAUUCAUUAUAUCUGUGGUCUGAAAAGCUCCUCUAAAAGCCAUAUGUGUAGAAUCAGCUAUGUGAGUUUGUAUAUAUUACAUUAGGCAUUGAGUUUUUAUAAGGUGUGUAAUGCAGUACAGGUUUAGUAGGAGUGGUGAAAGGGACUGUACAGGUAUGUUAGUUCAUUUUAUUUUCAAUCUAGACAAAAU